AUGUCUACUGCCAAGUUCCAGUCUCCAUCCUACAGACUCUUUGAGCCGGGCUUUCUUCCAAUCCCAAUCAAACCCAUAAUUGUCGACGUCGACGACGAAUUUGGGUCACCAGAAACCCUUACUCUUAGAUACGAGGAAGCUGUUCAAGCAGCACAAAGGGGGGAUCUAAGUCGGGACUCCCCGCCGAGCGACUUCGACAUGGCUGCCUACAGCAAGGCUCAGUUGCCUCCAGUUAAUGGCUACGAUACGGCGCCAUUUGCAGAUGCAAGUUAUGACCAAUAUGCCACUACGGGAUUUUCAGCUCAGCAAGCUGAAAAUUAUGCCAAAUAUAAUCACUCUUCAUUCGCAAGCAACAACAAUGCAGUGGCUCAAUACAUGCCAGUGAGACCUACCGUGGUUACUUUUCAACCUUCUUCUGGCGUUUUUGGCACCAAGGUGCUUUUCAAGAUACAUUCGCAAGACGAUCUCUUCUCUUCUCCAGCAUUUGUGCUGUUUGGAAGUGCAAAGUGCCCUGCAGAUCUUAACCGAGAUUCGCAGGAUAGCAGUGGCUUUGCAUUCUCGUGCAGCAUAGUCGCGCCGCAGCCUCUGGUCACAGGAAGCAAUACCAGCGUGCCUGUGUCAUUUGUUAUAGAGGCUCCAGCAGGAGGAGAGAUCUCGCGGACACCCGCAGGGACUUUCCACUAUCUGGAAGGGUCUGAGGAUGACAUCACGCGGGCAGCCAAAAUGCCCAAAGAUGGCAGCACAGCACCUGCUCCCGAGAUCGAUCAGGCGAGUCCUUCACCGAAAGCUGAAGCGCCUCCGUCAGUCGCUACAAAUACUUAUGAUUAUCCGCAACAACAAGGCCAAUAUGCAAAUACGUUUGCGCAGGCCAAUACUACCGACAUGAUAUCCACAUAUCGAACCAGCAGCUUUGCCGACCCGCAGUACAACCACCACCAGCGACGCGCCCAUUCGACAUGGGGCAGCUAUGGCAACCCUUUGGCUAAUGCGGGCAGAAGUUCUUCAACCUAUGAUAAUCCUACAUUAUCCAGUCGAUCCAACUUAUCGCACCAUCUCUCCAUUCCUUCGUCAGGGAGCAAUGGAGCCCCCCAGUUGGUCCGCACCAGCACCAUUACGGCUGGCGCAGGCGGCGCUUUCCACCCCAUGUAUACCAGCAAGGCGGUCUUGAAAAUUAACGGUAAUCUCACCGACAUGGCUGCGAACUGGACGGAAGAAGAAUGGUCCAAUCGCCGCAGAAUUGUCCAGUUCACAAAAAGGCAGCUCGGUGCGAGUUUGCAUGUGAGCUUUAAGGGCAUUUCGGUGAACGAGAGGCCCCCAAACAGCAUUUGCAUUUCAUGCAUCUGGUGGCGAGAGAAAUCUGACUGCUAUGUCACUUCCGUUGACACUAUUCACCUACUUGAGCAGCUUGUGGCUGCUCCUAAUCGAUUUAGUGUUGAAGAGAAGAAUCGCAUUCGCCGCAACCUCGAGGGAUUCCAUCCCGUCACUGUCUCAAAGGCCAAGGCGGACAGCGAAGAGUUCUUCAAGAUCAUCAUGGCUUUCCCUCACCCCAAGCCUCGGAAUAUUGAGAAAGACGUCAAGGUUUUCCCAUGGUCUACUCUUGAGCCGGCACUUAAAAAGAUUAUUGGUAAAUAUAGUGCCAGCCCCAGCAGUAUGAUGAACCCCGUGAGCGCGCCGUCGUCAUAUGGCGCCCCGCCGCCUGGUCACCAUGGCAUCGGGUCACAACACGGCAUUUCUUCACAGCAUGCAGAUUCUCAUAGCCAGUAUCCCAUGCACUCGGGUUACAGUUCGAGUCAUCCUGAAGUGAUGCCAUCGCCUCGACAAGCAUCGUGGGCGUCUGGGACAUACUCUACAGGUACAGGCCGAGGACUCAGCCCCGGCCUUCGCAGCCAUCAUAGCCCUCCGCAGUCCUCAUUACGUAUCAAUACCAGCACAGCACAGCUUCCAGCUGUCUCUGCAUACGAUGCGAGGGCAGUAGCUAGUCCAUAUGCCAGCGCUGGCCUGCACACGCCUCUCAGCCACCAUCCUGCGGCCGCAACGCCUCCUCGAUGGGAUACUGCUCCCUCAGCCUACACCGACAGCAGCUAUCCGGCCCUCACUUCGCACCAAGCAUCAGGUGCUCAGUCGGUAUAUGCCGCUGCCGCAUAUAACGAUGGCCCACCGCGAGCGUAA